AUGACAAACGUUAAGGCAAGGACCGGAAACCUGGAAACUGCCGCUACCGCUGCUGAGAGGAAAGUAUGUGAGUGGAAAUUUUCAAAACUGAGGGAAGGCAAAGCCCUUAAAUUGUCGAAAGAAGUUGACAGGGUUAUGACCUCGCGUGAGAACUCUAAACUCCUUUGCACGCAAACUGAAUUGUUUACAAAAAAAACCCUUUGAAGUUGAGGUCCACUCAACGCGUAAAUAAAACCGACUGAUUCUUUCUUGCCGGAUCUCUUAUGUAGAGAUGCCAAUACCAGACGUCACUUGAAGUGGGAAUUAAAACAAAACUGAAUGCAAGCCUGGCAAUACGGCAAAGGGCUGAUUCAUUCGAGGCCAAUAUUACAUUUAUAAGCGUGAUGACAAACGUGGAAGUUGGUAAUGUUUUGUCUCCUAAUGUAUAUCAACAACCAAUCUCUUAAAACUUCCCAUCGUCUUUAUCAUAUAUUCUCAUCAUGUAUCGUGCACGUGUUGGGAAGCGAAACAACACGUAACAUUGGAGGAACUGGGCUCUAGAAUUGCACUGUGGGUCUCAAAUUUUUAACAAUAUUUUCUCUCACUACUCAACGUGGUCUCCGUGGCGCAAUCGGUUAGCGCGUUCGGCUGUUAACCGAAAGGUUGGUGGUUCAAGCCCACCCGGGGACGGAAUUUUUGUUUCCUUUCGUUCUAUCUUUUUUUUUUCUCAUUUAAGGACUUUGAUAAGGAAAAUUAUUUUCAAAUCGUUUAAUUUUGAAUGGGUUUUACCUCCAUCUUGCUAAUAUAAAAAGAUUUCAAAAGCUUUCGUUUUAUACCUUUGAGUCAGAUUACUCGCGUUUGGAAUACUGGAAUAUUUCGACUUGUGACCAUAGUAAAUAAAUUUUAAGCAGCAUAAGACAAAUUAAGCAAUUAAAUUCAUCAUGAAAUUAUUGGUAUUUAAAAGAAAAAAAAAAAAUGCGAUCACGCUGUUUUGAGAGUUUAAAAGAGGCGCAAGGCGAUUUAUUAGCCAGCGGACGAGUGUAAAAACAUUCUCUACUACCUGUAAUGGUCAAUGAACAUGCACUUUUCAUAUCGAUUGCGCCAAAUUCAAAAUGGCGAUGGUUACAGACUUCUUUUAAUUUAACAGCAAGAAAAUCUCGAAAUGGAUUCUGAGGGUAUAAGACUACCUCCAAAGCCUACAUUAGAGCCCCAAACUACCCUAUUUAAGAGUACUCAACUGGAUCUUACUCCUGAAAAGAAACAGCCAACAAACAGACUCAGAGAAAACAGCCAGAAGAGGGGUUUCAGUUCAAAUGUCUCCACCGAAAACAAGUUGGAGAAAACGAAGGAAAUUUAUUCUUGGUAAGGUACAGUUUUACAUUUAGUUAUAUAUUGCACAGUGACACAACAAGCAAAAUGCAAAUUUUACUGUCAAAACGUUUCUUUGAUGCAUGUAGAUGUACAUAAAUACAUACGUACAUACAUAGUUUAUUUGGUAACGCAGGUUACAGAAUACGCAAGACUGAAGUCCAGAUGUGGACCUGCCUAUCUACUUGUUAAAAAAAAAACUAAAGUAUGUAUAUGUGAAUAAAUAGAAAAUCAACAGAAGUUAAAUAAUAAAUAAUAAUAACAAUACAAAUAUAAAUAAGAUUAAUAAAGAAAUUCCUCAUUCCUAUUUCUUAUCAUGGAAGAUUCCUUAUUAUAGCUUAUAGAAUUAAUUAAGUCCUUGCUAGAUCUAAGUCUUUUUUUAAAACAUUCUAAGCUAGAAGACUUGUGAAAAUAAGAGUCAAAUAAUUGUCUCAUUUGUAUGCACCAGUCAAAGUAAAUCCCCCCCCCCAACCCGGGAAAAGGCAGGGACUUGGACAAAAGAACUCGAUAAAAUGUCCCCAGGGAAAAUGUUUUCAUUCCAAUGUCCUCGCUUUUCCCCGCCUCCCAGUGAAAACAUAUUCUGAGGUUCCAAUUUUCAUUUGGUGAAAAUGUUUCAAGCCGGUUUGGUUUUCAUUUUUUUAUUGACUCAUAUGAAUGAUCAUAAUCUGAAACAAAGGGAAAUAUAAAUCAAGCUGGUUUCAAAAAUUUUAGAUCGAUGAAAAUUCUGGACCACAACAUGUAAAUGAAUUUUCGAAAAAAAAUCAUUAAAAACACAAAAACAGACAACAAAGUAACAUUGAACGACUUUAUUUGCUCUUUUAAAUUUAACCUGAAGAGCUCUUCAAUUAUUUGCAACACACAGUUCUAGACUCAAAACCCCUAGCAGAGAAAUUCUCCGUUUCGAAUACCGAAAAAGCCAUUCUCAUCCAAGACCCCGUGUACCGGGACAGUUUGAGAAACAAUGAUCUGUUUUUGUUCUGCUAAUGUUCCCGCCUUUCCUGGGUUGGGCACGGGGAUUUACUUUGACUGGUGCAUUACAUAAGCUUAGCUUUUCGAUAAUUUUUCUUUUAACAGCAAACAAAAUUAAACAAUAUGCCGGUAUGGCACUAUAAAUAAAAGCGACUAAAAAUAGUUACAGGUAGCCUUCCGAAGAGACCUUGACCUGAACUAUCAACAUGAUUUCUCCAUUUCCUUUGAUAUUUAGCCUGGGUCAGCCAUCUAUGAACUCAACAAACCUAGUGAGUAAGAAGCUUGUAGCUCUUCAGAAAGAGCAGUUUGACCCAGCUCUGGCAAUCGCUGAAGAAAUUGAACAAUCUGAGACUACAAGAGUGAUUUUCGGAGAAAAAGUUGCUCAGGCUGUCAAUGUGAAGAAAGGCAGCCACAUCUAUGCUGACUUGAUUCCUCUUGAUGUCGAGGCUAAAGAUGUGCUUGCCGAGUGUGCUUAUCCAAAGGCUAGAAGUAGUUCAAAGAGUACCAAACUUCUAACACAAGAACCGGACAUUAUGGCUUUUUUCUCUGAGAAUUGUGAGACACAAAUGGCACAUCUUGAUUAUGACUUGUUCUAUCAGGGGGACCCUGUUAAUGAGCCAUCAGCAGCAUCAAUAUCACAUGUGUUUGAUUUACACAAACAUAUUCAAUGUUGGCAAGAAUAA